CAAAGACUGAAACAGGCACGCCUGAGCUCACCGCACAUUCCUGCAACUAACGCACAUAAAUGCAUUUACCAUGUUUGCAUGAGCGGUCAUCUUCCUACACAUCUGAUCGGAACAGGGAACGCCGCAAACCACUGAAGGUGUGGCGGCGGGGGAAAGGAGUCGGAUCCAGCACCGGUGACUUCGCCGUAGGUAGAACCACAGACGCCAACCGCUACAAGAGGACAUUUCGCUAGAAAACAUUUGAUUUACACUGUCCAUAGAGGUACAGACACCGGCAUGACGGCGAAAUAGCAGGGAAAAAAACGUAAUAAGCCAUGGAGUAAAAGUGAUCUUGCAUACACUGGGGCGCAUGAAGGCGUGAUAGGGCGGUUGAUCGGUACAGCGAUGCGUUGAGGAGAGAACAACAGAACCGCGGGGCAGCCGAAUCUUAUCCGGAGCCGACUUGGAAGAUUUUCGUUUCCGCCGAAGAAUCCACGGCCAAGAAGCCGUGUCCAGCGUACAGACAGGAUGGGAAAGUGCAAUGGAAGGUGUUCGCUCGUUGUCAUCUGUUCCCUACAGUUGGUGGCAGCUCUGGAGAGGCAGGUCUUUGACUUCCUAGGUUACCAGUGGGCACCUAUCUUAGCCAACUUCCUGCACAUCAUGGCUGUGAUACUUGGAAUCUUCGGCACGGUCCAGUUCCGUUCCCGCUACCUCAUCCUGUAUGCAUUGUGGCUGGUGCUCUGGGUUGGCUGGAACUCCUUCAUCAUUUGCUUCUACCUGGAGGUGGGGCACCUGUCCCAGGACAGAGACUUCCUAAUGACCUUUAACACCUCCCUGCACCGGUCGUGGUGGAUGGAGAACGGGCCAGGCUGUCUGGUCACUCCGGUGCCCAACUCUCCCUUAGCUCCAGACGAUCACCACGUCAUAACGGUGUCCGGCUGCCUGCUGGACUACCAGUACAUCGAGGUGGUCAGCUCUGCCCUACAGGUCUUUCUGGCACUCUUCGGGUUUGUGUACGCCUGUUACGUCAGCAAAGUGUUCCUGGACGAUGAGGACAGCUUUGACUUCAUUGGAGGGUUUGACUCCUAUGGCUACCAGCCCCCCCAGAAGACAUCGCACCUCCAGUUACAGCCCUUGUACACCGCAGGGUAGGCGACAUCAGCCCACAGAUGGGGGACAAGAGAGCGACCAGUGACGAUCAAGAGGCUUGCCUCUGAGGGGAAACUGCCGCAGCAGCUUUGGGGAAUUGUCUUUUGUAGAAAUGUCUUUUGUUUCUGUGUAGCCUCUGAUUGUAACUUGGGAAAACUGUCUCGGCGAGCCCGUUGCUGUCGGCCCGGGGGGGGAGUUUCGCUGGCCGUCUGAUCGGACAUAUCUCAGGGCCCAGCUGAGAGACGACAUGGGUUGGACGGUUCUGCUUUUCUAACUGUGAUGAUGUCUGUUGUUCAGGUUUUUGACUCUGUGGUAGAGGUUUACGUGUCGUUCUGAUGGGUCGGGGUUGAGGGGGGGGAAAUGGGGUCUCGGUGCGACGCGUGGCGGGGCCAGGAUGAUCGCACCUCGCUCCCUCUCCUCGUCAGUUUUUUUUUUUUUUUAAAGGAACUGAAAGUUUUAAGGGACUUACUUACUUUCAUGUGAAGGACUGAGGCCUUUACAUAAUGGCAGCUCAUCCACCGGCGCUCAUCUCCAGUGAUGCCACGGAGACGCUGGAGCUUCAGAUCCAGUUCACAGAGGCAAUGUCGGGUCUCAGAUUUGGCAGCACUGUUGGGGGGUCCGGAACGUCACACAGGACUGGCACUGAAGAUAGGACAGGCUUGGAUUUGGGCCAGGUCGAACAGGAAACAUUCAAAAGUCCAACAGCAGAUCCACACUGGACUGUGGAAUGAACUUCCCUGUGACCUCUGACCUACACCUGCAUGGAGUCUCCUGUGAGCAUGUAGCCAUUACCCCACAGCUGAUGUGUGCCAGGUUAGUGAGGAGGCUGAAGGGCACCUCGUGGGGGUCACGUGACACGUGGUCAACGAAUUUCGACCCUCCUGACUUUUCCAGCUUGAACACACCUCUCCAUGUGUGGAGCAGGAGUAGAUGCCGGGGGUUGGUGGGAGGGGUUGUCUAAAUUCCAGUCACAACUUGUAUUUUGUAUUAUCCUAGAACUCGAUGUUAACAUAGAUCAGUGAUUAGUGUUUCUGAGGAAAGUGAUAUAGGUUUGUGUGCAUGUAAAUAUUUGAGAGGUUUUUUUAUUAUUAUUAUUAUUUUAUAUUUCAUUGAAGCCUGUUGCCUUGGAUACCUCUGACUUUGAUGCUCGUCUCUGUGCCGUGCUCUCAUCCCAGAAUCCUUCCUUUCUCCAUCUGCCCUGCGUUCGUCCUUUCCUUCUACCUUACUCUGCCUUUCCCAUCUCUUCCGUGUCC